AUGGAGAACCAGCUCCAGAGGCUCGUUUCGGAGAAGAAGGGGUUGGUGGAGAACGUGAUGGAGGUUUUCGAGCAGGGCGCGGAGGUGGUGGCCAGCAUGGCGGGCGACCUGUUCCCCGUCUUCUCCAUCGCGGCGCCCAUCGUGAGGCUGGCGCUGGACAACGUGGAGAGCAAGGAGGCGGCCUACAUGAGGGAGCAGUUCCAGAAGGUGCGCGACCGCCUGGAGAGCCACGUGACCAAUAGGAGCACGCGCAUUGUGCACGUUCAGAGCUCUUCCGCAAACUUUAAGAGGUGA